AUGGCCGCCUUUUCAACAGCGCCAUACGCAGACCCUGCAUGGCUCUCUCGCGUUGUAAGCCCAUAUUACACCGACAGCCACCGACGCCUACAGCGCGAAGCGCGCGAGUACGUCGCGACGUGCAUCACGCCGUUCUGCGAAGAUUGGGAACGGCAAGGAGCGGUCCCUCGCGAUGUGAUCCUCAAUCACGCCCGGCUCGGGUACAUGGCCGUAUCGAUCUAUCCGCUUGCCGUCGAGCAGAUCAGAGCAGCGAACCAACGACUUCCGGGAGACAUCAGGCCGGAGGACUGGGACGGGUUCCACGAUUUGAUCAUCAUCGACGAGAUUGCGAGAUGCGGGUACUUGGGAGUCAUCUGGGCGCUGAGCUGUGGAAAUUCUAUUGGUGCUCCGCCUUUGAUCAACUUUGGAACCAAGGAGCAGAAGGCCCGGUUCUUGCCCGACGUCUUAUCUGGAAAGUCACGUUUCUGUCUGGGCGUCACUGAGCCUGACGCUGGAUCUGACGUGGCGGGAAUUACAACGACGGCCGAACGACGGGGAGACGUAUAUAUAGUCAAUGGCGCAAAGAAGUGGAUCACCAAUGCCAUAUUCGCGGACUACGUAACGGCCGCCGUCCGCACUGGAGGUCCAGGCAGACAAGGAGUCUCGGCUUUGAUCAUCUCGCUGAAGGCCCCGGGUGUGACUUGUACCAAGAUUGAGAAUUCCGGUGUAAAUGCGAGUGGAUCGACGUACAUCGAGUUCGACGAUGUCCAGGUUCCAGUUUCCAAUCUGCUAGGUCAAGAGAACCAUGGUUUCGAGAUCAUCAUGUCGAAUUUCAACCACGAGCGCCUGUGGCUGGGAUGCACUUCCCUCCGGAUGGCACGAGUGUGCGUCGAGGAUGCAUAUGCACACGCGCUUCGGAGAGAAACGUUCGGCAAACCGUUGAUCGCAAAUCAAGUCAUAUCAGCCAAAUUUGCCGACUUUGCUCGCGACAUCGAACCCGCACACGCAUACAUGGAGUCAAUAGUGUUUCUGAAUGAGCACAACCGCAAGCGCCAGAGGAGACCGCACGAUCGUGGUCAUAGUGGACAAUCUCAGAAGCUCGCUCCAGCAGCCCUGGAUGUCGGCGCUAUGAUUGCAACGCUGAAGACAAGUGCCGGGCGAGUUUUGGAGCGAGUCAACCGGGAUGCGCAACAAAUCAUGGGUGGCGCCGGGUAUUCCAGGAGUGGAAAGGGUGCAAGAAUCGAACAGAUUAGCAGGGACGUGCGAGUUAUGGUGGUGGGAGGUGGAAGCGAUGAGAUUUUGAGCGAUUUGGCUGUCAAGUUGGAGACCAAGGAGCUGAAGAAACUGUCCCAGCUGUCGAGCAAGCUAUAA